AAAUAAAGUGUCCACUGCAUAAAGUCAGAUAUUGCUCCAAAGCAUUUAAAAAGAAAAGCAGCUCCUAAACAACAUUAGUUAGAAUAGCACACUUAUAACACAAAUGAUUGAAAGAGAUAAUCAUUUAAAAGACAAGUGUAAAAGUGGUUAAAUUUGAAAACGUUACUCUAAUGCUAGAUUUCUCAUUUAAAAGUCGGGAAGAUUGAAAUGCGUUUCCAAACAGAGGACGUGCAGCUCUCACAAGUGUUUGAAUUGUGAGUUUUGAAUGAAAGAGUGAUGACACACAGAUGUGGGGCCCUUAUUGGCCCCUGAAGUGUGGAGGAGGGACCUCGAGUCUGUCAUUGAGCGAGGGACGGACGGAGGGAGAAAGAGAGAGAGAGAGAGAGAGAGUUUGCUGGAGCUGCAGGUAAACGGAUGUUUGUCAGUAUUUCUCUCAUCAAACACUACUGACUUAUGAGCAGGUUCUGAUUACCGGAGCUUCUCCUGUGACCGGACUCGGUGCAGCUGCGCGCGCGUAUGAGUGUGUGUGUGCGCGCGUGCGAGGAACACACUCUCCGUCUGACGAGGACCCGCGUCUGCACGCCAGCAACUUCCAACAUUUCGAGCGUUUUAUUCUCCGGCGUCCGGGAUGAAGCCCAACAAAAGAGGUGAGAGUCGCUGACAGGAUCGGGGCGUCGGACCGCGCGCGCUCUCUCUCUCCCUCCAUCCGCACGCGCAGCCCGUCCGCGAGCGUGGCGUGAUUUUUUUUUUUUUUUUCCAGCCCGAGCGCGUGAGACGCAGAUGUGCCCCCGACUCCGGCCUUUCUCGCGAAGCGGCUGCCCCGCGCGCCCAGACGCGUCUCCGAAGGGGCCUCCGCGGCUUUGUUGACUCUCACGCGUUCCUUGCAUUGUAUCGUUGCGGGCCGAUGACGUCAGCGCGCGUUUGUUUGUUUGGGGAAUCGCUUUCUUUUUUUUUUGCGCGCGCGCGUCCGCGGCCCCGUUUGUUUAUUCGCGGCCGCGUUUUUGUUUGAGUUGUGCGCGCUUUCCGAUCGUCGGCGUCGCGCUUUUGAGGACGACCAGAACGGAGACGCCGAGUUUUCCGCCAUGUCCGACAGCGACCCGUGUGAAGACGACAGCUACCCCCUCAACCUGUCCACCGGCGGCAGAAGAAGCGGGUCCGCUGCCAAGCGCCGCCGCCGGGGGAACCUCCCGAAAGAGUCGGUUCAGGUUCUGAGGGACUGGCUGUACGAGCAUCGCUUCAACGCUUACCCGUCGGAGCAGGAGAAGCUGAGCCUGUCCGGACAGACGCAUCUCUCUGUGUCACAGAUCUGUAACUGGUUCAUAAACGCCGGCCGGAGGCUCCUGCCGGACCUCCUCAGGAAAGACGGCAAAGACCCCACUCAGUUUACAAUGUCGAGGCGCACGAGCAAACCAGAAAGACCCGCCUCCCCGGAACGCCCCGCCUCCUCGACCCGCCCCUCCGUCAUAUGCCCCGCCCCCACGCUAGACUUGAGGCUGCUGGGUAACACCGCGACGGCGAUUUUAGCCGGAGCCGGUUGCUUGCCAUCAUCAGGAAACCAAGACGGCAUUCAAGCUCUGAUGCAGCUGGACACCCGAGGCCUGCUGAGACGAGAAGGACUGACCGGAGACCAGCACCUGACGACCAUCCCGCUCGCUUCUACCUCUGUCCCAGCCCUGGGAGCCGCGAGCCCGACCGGGGUGCUGUUCAACACGCCUCCGCCCACCCCGCCGGAGCUCUGCCCGCAGGACUUCAGCGAUCUCAAGCUUCUGGUGGACGCGGCUCUGCAGCGAGCGGCCGAGCAGGAAAUCAGCCAGCAGAAAGAUCAAACCACGCGACAGAAACCCGCCGAGAGCUCAAGAGCGCCCGUCCAGAAUGCCGCUUCGGAGACGCCUUCGAGGGACGGGUUCGACGGCGCGCCGAACGCGGUGUUACCGGUGUCCGUUCCCGUCGCGGGCCGCGCUUUUCCGGGCCUUCCCGUCGACCUGAGUGUCUCCGAAGCCGAAUCGGGGAGCUUUGCGUCUUCCGGGAUGUGGAGCGUCCGACAACCUCCCGAGAAUGUGGCGUCGCGCGCGUGGGUCUCUCCGUACACGCAUAAUACGGUCACGGAAGCGGUUAACUAAACCGCCAACUCGCUUUGGACUCUUGAGCGGAGGUAAACCUGCCUCCGCUAAUCAUGGACGUCGCUUGAGGAGAUCCCGGAGUGAAGCCUGCAUUUUUAAGACGUUUAAAAAAGAAACUUUUUUUUUUUUUAAAGUACGUGAAGUUUAUGGGCAUGCAUAAAAUGCUCUCCGAUCAAUAAUCCAGCAUUUCAGACUCUGGGAUCUUUUCACAUGGCCGUGCAACAUUACCGUGUGCGAACACCAGCAAACUCCAAGCCUGUGCAACUCAGGUUUACAGCCAAGAACGUAACUGAAGUGGCCUUGCGUUGUUGUCGAUGCAUAUGCCCGUUUGCAUCAGUAUAUCCACUAGGGUUCAUAUAGCAUGCUUUAUUAUUAGAGAUCUAUGAAUGCAAAGAUCGGCAUGCGUUUAAAUAUCAGACCAAAAAUGGAUUUAAUACUUCGCUCCGAAGCUACUGCUGAUGAAGCCUCUACUUCUAAUCUCAGCUUUGAAAGUCAUUCCCGGUAGUGUUUUUAACUUGUCAUAUUUCCUGCACUUUAUAGUCUAAUCUCAGCUCCUCGCGGUCGCGUCAGGGCCGUCUCGGGAUAAGGUCCGGCCGCUUUCUCGUGUGGGAAUUGAUCGCGCUGCAGAGAUCAUCCCUCACGUCUCGUCUGUCUGAGAUGAAGGAGGGAGGUUGUCUCAAAGACGGAGCCGGCAUCGAUUUUCUUCACUUCUCAUGUAACGUGAUCGUAGGGCUGUAGCUUUAUUCGCUGAAAUGAUUACGGUUCUGACAGUAUUGUUGGGUGAAGUAGACGAUCAGCAUUAUUAGUUGUUUUACGUAGACACGUGGACGAGAGAAUUUGUUUUUUUUUAACGUCUCCCCGACGAAUUUAAAGUCUGUUCGUACCUCUGAGAUGAACUGAAGUGCUUCUUUUCUCUGUGAAUGUAUCUAGAGAACUAACACGCAUUAUUUAGAAACUUUCAUGAGCUGUUCUCUCUCUCUCUUCGGACACUACAGAUCCUAGACGCGUUAUGAUUCGUGUGCUUGUAGUUUCCGUGAAACUGAGAUCAUGUACAGAUAGUCGGAUGUUUUUAACCUUUUAGUGUUUUUAUAAAGCGGUUCGCGUUUUCAACGUCUCGCAAACAUGCCAUGAUUCCCAAUAGUGCGCUGGGCGAGUCAUCGCUGAGGUCAGAGGUCACGUUCCGUAGUACUGUACGUGUCGUAUUUUUCAUUACGUCUCAGGUUUGUUUUCAUUCAGCCUUUUUUUUUGUUGUUAUUUACUUCUGACAUCACAAAGGGAGUUUUUAAUGAAAUUCUAUAAUUCUUUUAUUUUUGAUUAUGAGAAACCGACUGUCAUAUUGUAGCAUCACAAACUGUAUUGCAGAUCUAAUUAACUAACACUUCAAAACCACUGUGAUCGUUCGGUUAGUUGCUGGAGCAGUGAUAGGUACUGGAAGUAACUAUAUAUUUUUCAUAUAAUAUACUCUAUUUUUUCACCUCUUCAGAAAGACCGAUAUUAAUAUUCCUGGAACUGUAUUAUUGAUGUUCUUAUUGCGAGAAGGGUCUUCUAGAUGACAAUGUGAAACAUGUAAAUAUCAUUCAGGUUUUCGUCUGGCAUAGACCUGCUUUUAAUGUGUUAAUAUUUACAUCAAAUAUGCGUAGCUCUCUCCUGUAAGACCAAAUACAUGGAUUUCCGUUUAGUGUGUGUGUGUGUGUGUGUGUGUGCGCGCGCGUUUAACUGAGGACAGUAAAACUGGCUUUUGUGCCUUACCUGCUUCCUUAGAAAACCUUUGGACUAGUCUGUGCAAUAUCUGCCUUAAGAUUUUAUUUGAUGUCCUUUUGUACAAGCAUUACAGAGAAAUAAAGCAGCGUUUUUCAUAGACGUGUGGUGAUGUUG